CCCCUCCGUUAACCUUCCUAGUGAUUCUGGCAGGGGAGAAGGGUGAAUCCUGAGGAUGUCACAGAGAGAGCAACAACCCUGGUGGCCUGAGGUUUCACACCGCUCUGCCAGGUGUCUGGUGGGAGGGUCUUGAGUCCCCAGAAGAACCUGGGGGCCCAGCUUUCUGGUAUGACAGAGACGCAGCUUAAGUGUGUGCUUAAGAACCCACCACUGGUGCCAGCCUAGCUCUAUGGUAGUGGACAGCUCUCCUGUGCCUCACUUUCCCCUUUCGUAAUUAGAAAAGUAAAUGAAUUGAUUUACAAGUGCUUUGCAGUAUUUUGUUCAGAGUAAGUGCCCUGAAGGCAGUAACCAUGAUUACCAACAGGGCGCAUAUUUUCUCAGCAUCUCUCUCCACAUAACACUGCAUGGGAUGGUUAUGAAGUAACUUCUAAGGAAAGGUCAAGCUUUGUCUCUCCCAAAGCACAAAACCCUCAGUUUUGUUUGAUCUGCAAAAUCCUGAGCUUGCUUCUUAAUAGGCUGAAGGCAUAACAGGGGAACUUUGGGGCAGAUCAUCUGGCUAGAAAGAGAGCCAGAACCUGAUCACAGAAAGCGGUCCUUGGUGAGUAGCAGAACUACAUUUAAAUUAGAGCUAGGGCACUCCCUGGUGGUCUGGUGGUUAGGGAUCUAUGCUUCUGCUUCAGGGAGCAUGGGUUCAAUCCCUCUGGGGGCAACAAGAUCCCGCAUACCACAUGGUGCAGCCACCAAAAAAAAAAGAGAGAGAGAGAGAGAGAGAAAAGCCAAGUGUGCCAGUAACACUCCUUGAUUUAAAAAAAAAAAAAAAAAAAACUUGAGCUUGUUACUCCCCACUAUGGGCCUCAGUUUUCUUAUCUGUACAAUGGGCAGGUUUGAGGAAUGGGGUCAGGUGCGUGGGAGGAGACUCCUGCAUCCAAAUUCCCUCAAGAACCUCCCAGAUCUGCUUCCUACAAUCUCCCUCCUCAUUCUCCUUCCACAACCAAACCAAGCAUUCGUGGUAACCAUGGGGCCCAUGCAACACACAGAGGAUUUGAACUCACACCGGGCAGGAGAAAAUGGUGGUUGUACCCUCACCCCAAACAGUAGGUACAAGCCAGAGUAGGGAGGAGGUGGAACAGAGAAGAGAAGAGGAGGGAGAGGAAGGAGAAAGACUGAAAAGUAACGAAAGGAAGGAGGUGGGGGAGAGGCAGAAGAAAAAAGAUAAAUUCCUUUAUACAGCUACUUGGUGAGAAAUUGGAAUUCAAUAGAGAAGGCAAAUUCAAAAGCCACAUUUCACAGAGAGUCAAAUGGAAAUGUAAAAUACCCUUGUUUCCUCUAAAAUGUGUUAUUUAUUGCUCUGUGGCACUGCCGAUGUGUGCUGUGUCCUCUCACAGAUAAGCAGGGUACAUCUGCAUGAUUUAAAUGUCACUGUGAUCUUGUGAAUAAUAAACUGCGUGAAGUCAUCCCAGAGGUUCUGAAUCACUUCCCCUGGAAACCUUUACUUCAUGAGCUCAGCUCCACUCAAGGGGUUGAAAUUCCAGGUGCCUGUGACUUCUUGCUGCGCUGCGUCAUAGCUCUAAGAGGGACAAAGCAAACCACGUUCCCUUCAUCAGCAGCUUUCAAACACCUCCAUUCCGUGGGGGCCACCUCAUCAUAUCAACAGCCACCUUGGGGUGGAAUGUGACACAGCAAGAAGAUGGCCAAGAUUAGCACCCAAUACUCCCACCCAACCAGGACACACCCCUCGGUCAGGACCACGGACAGAGAUCUGGAUUGCAUUGAAAACGGUCUCAGCAGGACCCACUUGCCAUGCGAGGAGACAUCGUCAGAACUGCAGGAAGGCAUUGCCAUGGAGACUAGAGGACUGGCUGAAUCCAGGCAAAGCUCCUUCACCAGCCAGGGUCCCACCAGGUUGUCACGCCUCAUCAUCUCGCUCCGUGCCUGGAGCGCCAGGCACUUACACCAGGAGGACCAGAGGCCCGACUCUUCCCUGGAGCGUUUCCGCGGAGCCGAGCUCAAAGAGGUGUCCAGCCGAGAAAGCCAUGUCCAGUUCAGUGUGGGCAGCCAGGAGCCACCAGACAGAGGGAGAAGUGCCUGGCCCCUGGCCAGAAACAACACCAAUGCCUGCAACAACUCGGAGAAGGAUGACAAGGCGAAAAAGGAGGAGAAAGAGAAAGAGAAAGAGAAAAAGGAAAACCCCAAGAAAGAGGAGAAGAAGAAGGACAGCGUUGUGAUGGACCCUUCCAGCAACAUGUACUACCACUGGCUGAGCGUCAUCGCUGUGCCUGUCUUCUACAACUGGUGUCUGCUCGUGUGCAGGGCCUGUUUCGAUGAGCUCCAGUCUGAGCACCUGAUGCUUUGGCUGGUCCUGGACUACUCGGCAGACAUCCUCUAUGGCAUGGAUAUGCUGGUCCGAGCCCGGACAGGCUUCCUGGAGCAAGGCCUGAUGGUCAUGGACACCAGCCGGCUGUGGAAGCACUACAUGAAGACCUUGCACUUCAAGCUGGACGUGUUGUCCCUGGUCCCCACAGACCUGGCUUAUUUUAAGCUGGGCAUGAACUACCCAGAACUGAGGUUCAACCGCCUCCUGAAGUUGGCCCGGCUCUUCGAAUUCUUUGACCGCACAGAGACAAGGACCAACUACCCCAACAUGUUCAGGAUCGGGAACCUGGUCUUGUACAUCCUCAUCAUCAUCCACUGGAACGCCUGCAUCUACUUUGCCAUCUCCAAGUUCAUUGGUUUUGGGACCGACUCCUGGGUCUACCCAAACGUCUCCAACCCAGAGUAUGGACGCCUCUCCAGAAAGUACAUUUACAGUCUCUACUGGUCCACCUUGACCCUGACCACCAUUGGGGAGACCCCACCCCCCGUAAAAGACGAGGAGUAUCUCUUUGUGGUCAUCGAUUUCCUGGUGGGCGUCCUGAUUUUUGCCACCAUCGUGGGCAACGUGGGCUCCAUGAUCUCAAACAUGAACGCUUCGCGGGCCGAGUUCCAGGCCAAGAUCGAUUCCAUCAAGCAGUACAUGCAGUUCCGCAAGGUGACCAAGGACUUGGAGACACGGGUGAUCCGCUGGUUCGACUACCUGUGGGCCAAUAAGAAGACAGUGGAUGAGAAGGAGGUGCUCAAGAGCCUCCCCGACAAGCUGAAGGCCGAGAUCGCCAUCAACGUGCACCUGGACACCCUGAGGAAGGUCCGAAUCUUCCAGGACUGCGAGGCGGGGCUGCUGGUGGAGCUGGUGCUGAAGCUGCGGCCGGCAGUGUUCAGCCCCGGGGACUACAUCUGCAAGAAGGGGGACAUCGGGAGGGAGAUGUACAUUAUCAAGGAGGGCAAGCUGGCUGUGGUGGCCGAGGACGGCAUCACCCAGUUCGUGGUCCUCGGCGACGGGAGUUACUUCGGGGAGAUCAGCAUCUUGAACAUCAAGGGGAGCAAGUCUGGGAACCGCCGCACGGCCAACAUCAGGAGCAUCGGCUACUCGGACCUGUUCUGCCUCUCCAAGGACGACCUGAUGGAGGCGCUCACUGAGUACCCUGAGGCCAAGAAAGCGCUGGAGGAGAAAGGGCGGCAGAUCCUCAUGAAGGACAACCUGAUCGACGAGGAGCUGGCCAAGGCCGGGGCAGACCCCAAGGACAUCGAGGAGAAGGUGGAGCACCUCGAGACCUCCCUGGACUCCCUGCAGACCAGGUUUGCGAGGCUCCUGGCCGAGUACAACGCCACCCAGAUGAAGGUGAAGCAGCGGCUCAGCCAGUUGGAAAGCCAGGUGAAGAUGGGCCUCCCACCUGAUGGUGAUGCUCCGCAAACGGAGCCCAGUCGGCCCUGAAGACACAGGUGCCGUCUCCUGCCUCCCCGGGGCGGCGGUCAGUGCGACGCUGCGCAGCACGGGGCUCGGCCGGGACUGAAUUCUAGCUUUCCCCACCCUCUGUGCACUGCGUGGCCUUGGGAGAGAGCCUUGGUUUUCCUCAUCUAGAUAACGGGACUCUUUAUGUCUGCCCCAGUUAAGUGACAGGUUGCUGUGAGCUCCACAAGAAACGCUUCGUGAGGCAGGGUUUUGUUAAGUGUGAGAUGUCUCUAGGCCAAGAGUAUAAAAAUGUGAGCACAGAAGUUGUUUUUUUUUAAUAUGUGGGGAAUAUUUAGACUCCUGAACUUCAUUUUUUUGUAAAUGGGAGGUUAUUUACUUACCCACCCCUCCUGCCCCUCGCUCCACUGCCUCCUGGUGAGGGAGUGGUAACAGAAGCUGAGAGUACCCGUGGUAACUCGAAUUGGAUACAUGAAACAGCUUGGGCAUAUUUCUGACUUGGGUAUCUCCUCGUGUGCUCUUUGAUGCCAUGACAGGCACAAAGAAUGAAGCCAGGUCACCCCAGCUGAGGCCAUUUCAAGUCUGAGAAGCAAAUCUAGGUACCCUGCCAUCAACUCCUGUGAAACCAGAAUCUGUUUCCUGGCAAAGAGCAUCUCCAUUAGGGAAAGGGACAUCUCCUAACUCCCCAACAGGCUUCAGAGAUGGCCUCUGUCCCAGUCUCUGAGUUGGGGCCCUGGGGCAGCCUGUUCUGGCCUGGAGGGGAGAGUCGUGUUGAGGGGGAAGUUUCCCAGGUUGGAGGUUGGAAUGGGGUCCUAAGGCAAACAAGCUGACCACUAGGACUUUCAAGAGACAAGACCCUUAGGCCAUGUCUUUCCAAACUGUCCCUGCACCCUGGAACAGGAAGCCUCACUCUGCCUUGGAAUUACAUCCUGAGGCAAAGCUCUUAGACAAAAAUGUGCAGUGUCGACCUGGCUUUUUUUGUGUAAUCCAGUAUAUAAUAUUACAUUAAGAUUUUAGAAGGUAUAUAUAUAGAUUUGGGUUCUAUGACUGUGAAUUAGUACCUUAAUGGUCCAUCCUCUGCUUCAUACACAUUGUAAAUUACCCAAAGACAAGUCACUCUCCUAAUGCAGAGAAGCCGUAUAUGCAGGCUUUCCUGCUCCUCUCUCCAAUCUCAUCUCCCCUUCUUCCUUCCUUCUCGUCUCUUCCUCCUCUUCUUCUUUCUUCCUGUCCUCUUUUCUUCUCAGAAAAGAUGCCCCAUGUACUUUGGAAACCUCGAGGUCUCUGUGGUCUAAGUUAUAAUCCAUAUGCUACAUAACUGGGCCCUAAUGUAGUUCAUACAAAAGGUGCUGCCUUUUCAAGUAUGCAUUUUGGAUUUACAUGGGUCUGUUCUGGUUUCUACUGUGGAUCAUUUGACCAUUUUAACUUUUUAAAAGAAAUUUCAAAGAACUAUUAAAGAAAGAUGUGAUCCAAGCUCUUAUCAUCAGCACAAUGUAACUAGCAACGUGUUACCAAAAUGCACGUAUUUUAAAAGCCUUAACUAUUAAUUUUGCCUACAUUCAUAUUUACACAGGAAAAAUAGAGACCUGGAUUUAAAAAAACA